AUGAGAAAGUCUUUGCGAGAAUUGGUGUCCAGCCGAGGAAAGGGUCAGUCCUCAAAGGCGCCUGCCAAGGCACAAACCCAGGACCCUCCUCCAAUCGCCCCUCAGGUCCCUACUGACCCUGGCCUCAAGGUUAACCUUGACCUAAAAAAGAAGAGGCAGGCUGACAUUCCUGAGGAGGGUAAACUGGCUUCCCGACCUGUUAAGCAGCAAAAGGCUACUAAGGGACAGAGGAGUAAGAGGGCAAACUCCUCGGAGAGCCGGGACAAGGAGAACCGUGCUGAGGUGCGCGCUACCACGCAGAAGUUCAAGGAGUCGGAGAAACGACGCAAAAGUGUAGAGGCUGGUUUGAAAAGUGCUGAGACCCAGGCGGAGGACCAGCGCAAAGAGCUAUACUCAACCCAGAUCAACCUUGCCACCGAGAAGCAGGCAGUGCUGGAUCUCAAGACUGCUCUGCAAAAAGUCGAGGAUGAGCUGCGGCGGGUCAAAGAGGAGGCUCAGCUGAUCCGAGAGGAGAUCCGAGAGAAUCCUGACGGCGUCCAAGCAGCCUCUGAGCAGGAUUUGGCGGUGCCUGAUGCCGUCCCCGUGCCUGACAAGGCGAAAGAUCCCGCUGUUGACUCUAUCUCCGACGUUCCUCCUCCUCAGCUAGAGCAGAAGAAGGAUCCCCCUGCUAAGGCUUAG